AUGAUUGUGGAUAUCCUUCAGAAGAACAUCACUAUCUCUUUUAGUGAGUGCAUUAUCCAAAUUUUUUCAUUUCAUUUCUUUGGCUGCCAGGAGAUCUUGAUCCUUGUGCUGAUGGCCGUUGACCACUAUGUGGCCAUCUGUAAGCCCCUGCACUACAUGAGCAUCAUGAACCGGCGAGUCUGUAGUGUGUUGGUAGCUCUAGCCUGGGUAGCGUCCUGUGUGCAUUCUUCAGUUCAGAUUUUUCUGACCUUGAGUUUACCUUUCUGUGGUCCCAAUGUGACUGAUCACUUUUUAUGUGACUUGCAGCCCUUGUUGAAACUUGCCUGUACAGAAACCUAUGUGACCAACCUGCUACUAGUGUCCAAUAGUGGGGCCCUUUGCAUAAUGAGUUUUGUGGUGCUGAUGCUCUCCUAUUUUAUCAUCUUGCAUUCUCUGAGAAACCACAGUGCUGAAGGGAGGAAAAAAGCCCUUUCCACCUGCAUCUCCCAUAUCAUCGUAGUCAUAUUGUUCUUCGUUCCCUGUAUAUUUAUAUACACACGCCCCGCAACCACCUUCCCCAUGGAUAAAAUGAUAACUGUGUUUUAUACAAUUGGAACACCUUUGCUUAUUAACCCUCUGAUUUAUACACUGAGAAAUGCAGACGUGAAAAAUGCCAUAAGGAAGCUAUGGAGCAAGAAACUGAUCUCAGAAGACCAAAGGUAA